CGCGGAGCCCGGCCCUGCCCAGCUCUGCCCGGCUCCUUCGGCGGCGGCGCUGCGGGGCGGGGGAGGGCUGAGCCCGCCCAGCGCGGCUCUCCGGCGGCGCCGAUGGGGCUGGGGGCCUGGCUGCGAUCGCUGGGCGGCUGCUGCGGCUGCUGCGGAGGGGAGGCGGCGGCGCCCGAGAAGGAGCCCUUGCUCAGUAACAACAACCCCUACGCCUCCUUCGGAGCCACGCUGGCGCGGGACGAGGAGCAGAACCUGUGGAGCACCCCGCACGACGUGACCCACACGGAGGCAGAUGAUGACCGAGUGCUGUACAACAUGAUCGUGGUCAGGAACCAGCUGGACAAGGACUCGGAGGUGAGGCAGUGCCGUUCCUCGCGCUUGGUUUCACCGCGGACCGAGGCUCGGUGCUUUCGUCGGAUGCUUUGGCGGUUCCUUUAUUUAAGCACCCCUUAA